CCAGUCCAGCCGGUGUAUUUGGAUACAAAGUCAGCCUUAGGAGCUGACAGCCCGGUCCAUGAAAUAGAUCGUCUUUCUCACAGGAAAAGCAACGGGGGUAGAAACGAUUCGACUGAGAUGGACGACAAGCAGACCAACUGACCCAGAUGAGAGAAAGAUUGCCGGCGCAUCCUUCCCUCAAAUUCGAUGAUGUGUUCAAUACAUGGGGAUAUUUCAGCGUUAUGAUACGCCCAUGCGACGAGCCGUGUGGAUGUUGUGAUGUACAGUGAACGAUCCAGGCAACCAAAAACAUAAAGCUGAAUUCAGGAAACCGCUUGUUAUUUUUUGGCUAAAAGGACACAGGGAUACUUUGCCACUGAUCUCUGGAUUACAAUAUUGUUGCAGCAUCUAGAAAGGAACUAGGUGGCUAUUAUUAUUAUUGUUAUUAUUAUUAUUAUUAUUGUAAAGAUGGUGGACACAUCCAGUGGUGGUGUUUAUUUGGGCAUCAUUAACAUAUUAUGGAGAAUUUCCUCUCAUAAUCGCUACGACCUGGAUAAAAGUCAUCUUUAUGCAAGCCAACCGCAUCACUCUCAUUCCUUAUAGAAAGAUAUGAAUUUCGCUGUAUUAUAAUUCAAUACAUGUCGAAAUUUCGCGAAUAAGCUUAUCAUACAUCACUAUUUAAAUACGUCACGGAUGCAAGCUUUGAGAAUCAACUGCUGGGUGACAAUAAAAUGUCUGUUAAAAUAACCAUGAAAAUUAAGGGCGAAAUGAUCGAAGUGGGCACUUGCACAUACGCUCCACAGAAAUAACGCGAACCGACAGUGGCGUUUGACGCGGAUUAAAUGACAGCAGACGUGUAGAGCCUAGAAACGUUUAUCGACAAACAUUAAAACGCUGAAUAUAUGCCUUUCCUUGUAUGCGAAACAAUAAAUGCUUAGCAUUUUGCACGUUUGUCGACUAAUGCUAAUGAAAACCACAACUCUGCCAUCUCUCUGUUGUGAUUCUCAUCUUAAAAUGGACGCGUGCUUUCCUUAACGACUAUUUAGAGACUUUAGCGAUGUGCACGAGACAAGAGACGCGUAAAGUGAUUUGCACGAAUGUGCGAAUAAUUGUGCAUGCUUUGAGACCGCAAGCUGGUGCAUCUCCCUGAGCCUAUCAGAGUUGAAUGUCUGAAGAUGCCUUAAGCCUGCGCAUGCAUGUGUUUAAGGCUAUAAAUAUUCAUUAACAUCCGUUGCAAAUAACAUCCAUGGACCUUUAAAAUUAUCCGAGUUUUACGUGGAUUAGAUUUACAUGGAUUAGGUCAAGACAAAAUUCCAUUGCAGGCUAGUUAGCUGGAAGUUAACCCCUAAUGGAUCUUAUGUGUUGUAACAUUAAAAUAUCAAGAAGACUUGUCUAGUUUGUGCUAAAAACAAAAACAGGCAACUACCAAUCCUUUUAUUUAAACUUAAUUACAAUAAUUUUGUAUGAAACAAGCAAAAAAUAAAUCAUUCUCACACUGGACAGGCUAAUCUCAUGUAAUCUUAAGGAAUUUGGAUUGCAUUUCACUAGAAAAAAACUUUCAUUGCAAUGAGAAACACUUAUUCAAUAUCUGUGUCAGAUUAGACAUGUAAGGACACACUGACUGACUAAAAUGGCACUAUAAAUGUUUAGACACAUGCAAAGUGUGCUGUGGACAAUCCAAGCAGCAAAUGGUGAGGACAGUGCAGGGGCAGCCCAGCAGAAGCUUUACCUAUUGAUUUCUUCACUCAUCAAGAAGUCCUGCAUUCAGUAGAUGGGCUCUGCAUGGAUAUUGUGUGCAAGUUGACAGAGGGUCUCCUCCAGCUUUUGAGACCUCAUCGCUGACCUGUGCACUUAGUCAUGGAUCCACAUACGAGGCUGAGUGGAGUAGGAGCUGGAGGUGGUGGCAGUGCUGCCCCACUACCUUGCAUCAGCAGUGGGGGGUCCUGUGGACACCUGGUUCCCCCUGAUACUCAAGCAAAUACAAAUUCAACACCUUUCCUGAUAAGCAUCAACAGCAGCCGGAACUCCUCUACUAUUCCCUCCUCAGUGGGCUCCCCAGAUUCCCACCUACCCCAUCAUCAUGAAAGCAGCAACACAUACUGGACCGCUGUCUUCGAUUAUGAGGCUACAGCAGACGAGGAGCUGACCUUGCGGCGUGGCGACCUACUGGAGGUGCUGUCCAAAGACUCCAAAGUGUCUGGAGAUGAGGGAUGGUGGACUGGAAAGAUCCAAGACAAGGUGGGCAUAUUCCCUUGUAAUUAUGUAACCCAACGGGAUUCCAGCUAUCCAGCGUUACCACCGGAAGCUCUGGUUGGUGGAGAUUCACCACUGGAAAUUGAUUUCUUAGAGCUGCGAUUGGAGGAAGUGAUUGGUGCUGGCGGCUUUGGAAAGGUGUAUAAGGGUGUAUGGCGAGCUGAGGAAGUGGCUGUCAAAGCAGCUCGUCAGGACCCAGAUGAGGACAUCAGUGCCACGGCAGAGAAUGUGAGGCAGGAGGCCAGACUCUUCUGGAUGCUGCGUCACCGCAACAUCAUCGCUCUACGAGGUGUUUGUCUGCGGGAGCCAAAUCUUUGCCUUGUUAUGGAAUAUGCCCGUGGUGGGGCGCUUAACCGGGCACUUGCUGGCAAGAAGGUGCCUCCUCGGGUACUGGUGAAUUGGGCUGUGCAGAUUGCAACUGGAAUGGACUACUUGCACAACCAGACCUUUGUGCCAAUCAUCCAUCGAGACCUCAAAUCCAGCAACAUUCUGAUUCUGGAGCCUGUGGAGAGAGAUGACCUGAGUGGAAAGACACUGAAGAUCACAGACUUUGGUCUUGCUCGAGAAUGGCAUCGCACCACCAAGAUGAGCGCAGCGGGCACGUAUGCCUGGAUGGCUCCAGAGGUCAUCAAGCUCUCCCUGUUCUCCAAAAGCAGCGAUGUGUGGAGUUUUGGAGUGUUAUUGUGGGAGCUGCUGACUGGUGAAGUGCCAUACCGUGAGAUCGACGCUUUGGCUGUGGCCUAUGGAGUUGCCAUGAACAAGUUGACUCUUCCCAUCCCCUCCACCUGCCCUGAAGCCUUUGCCCAGCUGCUGGGAGAGUGUUGGUGUCCUAACCCACGUGGACGACCUGCUUUUGGGAGUAUCCUGAAGAGGCUGGAGGACAUCGAGCAGUCGGCCAUGUUCCAGAUGCCCCUGGAGUCUUUCCAUUCCCUGCAGGAGGACUGGAGGCUGGAGAUUCAGCAAAUGUUUGAUGAACUACGAGCAAAGGAGAAGGAGUUGCGAUCCUGGGAGGAAGCUCUGGCCCGGGCAGCGGAGGAGCAGAGGGAGCAGGAGGAGCAUCUGAGGAGACGCGAGCAGGAGUUAGCAGAGCGAGAGAUCGACAUAGUGGAGAGAGAGCUCAACAUCAUCAUCCAUCAGAUGUACCAAGAGAAACCGCAGGUCAAAAAGCGCAAAGGCAACUUCAAAAAGAGCCGUCUGCUCAAGCUCGGCAGAGACAGCAACUGCAUCAGUCUGCCAUCUGGUUUUGAGCAUAAGAUCACAGUGCAAGCUUCGCCCAGUGUGGACAAGAGGAAAUGUCAGAGUAGUGAAAGCACCACUCCUCCAGCCAGCCCAGGGGUCAUUCCUCGCCUCAGAGCCUUUCGCUUGACACCCAGUGAUGGGAGGAAGACGUGGGGCCGGACGGCAGUGUGUAAGAAAGAGGAGCCGGGGACCAAAAAGAAGGGCCGAACAUGGGGUCCGAGCUCCACACAUCAGCGUGAGAGAGUCGGUGGAGAGGACAGGCUAAAGUCUCUUGGGGAGGGCAAAGUGUGGUCCUCCAGUGCUCCAAAUCUGGGGAAGUCCCCAAAACAUGCUCCUAUGACAGCUGGAUUCUCAAGCCUAAAUGAAAUGGAGGAGCACUGUGAGUUUGAUGACAGUUCUCCAGGGCGCCUGGCUCCUGAUCUGGGCAGUAACGGUGCGCUGGAAGACGUGGGCUCGGGAUCAGCAGGUUUAGGGUCAGGAAUAGGCUCUCAGGAUUCAGUUUGCCGCUGCAGCCAGAGGAAGAAGAGUGACCUGCUGUUGCUGGGCUGUGCCUCUCUACUGGCCGUUGUGGGACUCGGUUCUGACAUCCUCCAGUUGGGACGACAACAGAUGAAUCAAGAUGAGCAGGACGUGCGAGAGGAGCAGCGCAAGAAAAAAGAGGGCCUGUUCCAGCGCACGGGUCGAUUCAGACGCAGCACUUCUCCACCCAGCCGCACACUCUCCCUUUCCCUGUCCCACAACCGCCAUCACGACUCCAUCUUGCCCAGCAUGGACCCGUCUCCAUCAGUCACCCUCCUGUCCCUGUCCUCCCUCUCUGACUGUAACUCCACCAAAUCCCUGUUGCCUUCUGAUCCUGAUGACUUUGCCCCGACCCCUAGUAAUGCCCCUCCGGUGGUGUCACCCGCACCGGCAUUAAACCCUCUGCUGGACCUGAGAGCGGAGAGCUUUAAAAGAGAGCCCAAUCAGUCCCUCACUCCCACCCAUGUCUCUGCAACCAUGGCAUUAAACCGCGGGCACCGGCGGACGCCCUCUGAUGGAGCCAUUCGUCCUCGAGCGCAGACGGUUGUGGGGCAUCGCCGGACCCCUUCUGAUGGGAGUAUGCCCUUCCCGCCUGCUCAUGCCCCUACUAUUACACCAUAUACAGGUUCUCGAGAAACUCUUGACAUUCCACGUCUGCCUGACCCGUCUAUGAUGUUCCCCUCAGCACUUCGGCGCAAACCUGCACCUCCCAUCCCCACACCUGAGCCAGAUAGCUAUACGGGCACUCUAGAGCGUCCCAAAACCCUGGAGUUUGCUCCUCGUCCCCGUCCCACCCCAGCCCGUGCCCGUCCAGACCCCUGGAAACUGUCUUCUCUGUCCCAGACACUCAGCUCUUCUCCGGGCAGCAGCUGCGACAGUCCGCUGGGUUCGGGUGACAGCGGUGUCAGUGCCGGCACCGGCGGUGUCCAUCAGAGCCUCCUGGACAUGGACAUGGAGGGCCAGAGCCAGGACAGCACGGUCCCCCUGUGCGGACAACGCGCAAAGGCCACUCUCUGCGCUCAGCAUUCCUCAUAGAAAGACUCUCAGUGGCAGAGGUUUUUUCCGUAAUCCCAGCAGCUCCAGUGGAAAGCAGAACCUGAUUUUACUAAGCGCAACAUGCUCCUGGAUCAACAUCUUUGAUGAUCACAGAACAACAUUCCAAUCAUUCAAUCAGAUUUGAGGGACAACUCACAGUCUCUUUUAAAGCAUUAGUUCACUUAAUUAAUGUACGCAUCCUUUUGUUAUACAAGAUGUGCCUGUCUUUAUUUUGUCUUUAAAAAAAGAAUGUUUUUGAGGAAAUCAUGCAGGAUUUUUUCUAUACUGUGGUGGCUCCAUGCACAGCUAGAGUUUUAAAGCCAACGAUAAACUUCUGGUAAAGGCUUAAUGUGACUAUUUUCAAUUGCACCAGGUUGUUUUUACAGCACUGAUGUUGUGAUGUAUUUACAAUACAUUCAGCUAAAUAGACUAAAGCAUUCCUUUAGUUGUUCAAGCGUAAAACAAGAUGAAAGAAAGUUGUAACCACUAGCGUCGUCAGUAGCAACAGCCUAGUGCAGAAAUUCCGUUGAAAACACUGAGGUAAAAUAAACUCACAUUUUAAAAACAUAACGGAGGCAAAUUGAAUUUAAAGCAGUGCUUCUUGUCAGAUCUGAGACCCCCUUCAUAUUGUAUAUGUAACAGCAGUGAAGAUCGCUGAUUUUUAAUGAAAUCACAUCUUAAACGUGACAAUUUUGCAAUGAAAACAGUUGGCCGUAAGCCCUUGGGCUGCCUGACUGAAAAUUAAGUCUGUGAAUAUUGCACAUUGAAUAUCCAAACUGGAGAUUCGGUGUAGCUGUAUAAAAAUUUAAAGGGAUAAUUCUCCCAAAAAUGAAAAUUCAGUCCUGUUUGACUCUCACAGACACACAAACACACUAUACUACAUAUAAAUUACAGACACCAAUCUUUUUUUAUUAUUGCAAUGGAUGAUCAACAGUAAAAAAUUUUAAUUGUACCUCUUCCCAACCGGGAAAACAAGCAUAGUGUCAUGCAUGUAUGUACAUAAUCAAAAAAAGUCAUUAUAAUGGAAGUUAAUGGGGCAAAAACAGUCACAAACAUAACGAAAGUGUAGUAAAUUUACCCAGAGUGUAUUGUUGAUGUACACUCACAGGCCACAAAGAUGCCCGUCUGCAUACCUUGGUUGUAACGAGUCGUUAUUUGAGUUACUGUUACCUUUAAAUCAGCUCAAACCAGUCUGGCCAUUCACCUCUGGCAUCAACAA